AAGAAAAAAAAAGAAGCGGCGACGGCCGCACAGUUUUCACGCGCUGUUCCGGGGGCUGGCCACGGGCCACAUCGCCCAUCCAAACGCUACCUCCGGAUGCGCAUGCGCGAUGUCUGACGCGCUCUCCUCGCCGGCGCCACCUUAUCGCCGGCGCGGUAUGCGUUGUGAACACGUCGUGGUUGUGACACGCAGUACAGUGGGGCUGCAACUGCUACAAUGCCAAAGCACGAAAACGUGAAAGCGCAAACACUUGUAACGAUCGCAGCGCCCCCACCUCUCAGCUUUCCUCCGCUAGUUGUAAACGUUCUACUUCACCCAACGCCACCAGUGGCAGACACAGCGCAGUGGCGCGUGCUGCGCCUGAUGCGAACUACUAGAAAUUAAGGUGGUGUGCUGUCGGCCAGUUUGGCCGGAACCAUUACGACGAAGCGGAGUGCGGAGUGGUGGAGUUGCCAGGAGGCGCAAACAAAGUCUCUACACGAACCCUUCGCGUCAUGGCUUUGGUAUGCACUGUGGCCGAAGACAUCUGGGGCGUACCGAGGGGUUGUUGUGGCGAGUGCGAGUGCGACGGGUUCCGGUGCACUGUGGAGCUUAUAAGCCACGAACGAGUGCCGCUUGGGUGGUGCAUAUUAUGCGGACAUUCACCAGUCGCGCAUGGAGCAUUGACAGCGUCAUAUGGGAUGCACCGAGGAACACACGAAGUUGCUCCUCCCCUGGCAAGAGGAGAAAUGUUUGCUGCCGCAGCACAGCCAAUGGCGGCGGCCGAGCUUGAGCCCCACACUUCAGCUGAAGUCUCAGCCCCAACAACAUCCCCUUCAACAUCGUCCAAUCUGCAGCACACCACGGUGACAGGCUCAUAUUCAACUACACCCGAUGUGAUAAGUGACCUCUCGACUUCUGCUUUGGUGCCAGCACCAAGAAUGUCCCAGCCUCAACUUCAUGUGUCAGCUCCGCUCCCUGCAAACCUGCCGGUUUGA